UCACAUACACGUAUGUAUAUAGCACUGAAGGGUGAAUCAUGAGUUAGCUACUGUUUCUUAACAUGGAUAUAGGCCAUCAUAGAUUAUUAUACAUCAACCAUGGCAGAUGAUCAAUUUCGAGCAAGUGCAAAUUGGUGGGAUUCAUCAAGAAACGUUGUGAGGUUUGAAAGCCGGGAACCGCAAUCUGGAUCCUCUGGCCUCACCAACAACACGGGAAAUUUUUCUUGGCAUGGCGUUGGUGAUGAUAAAAUAAUGAAGCUACCAAGAUCUUCCACCAUGGAAAAUUCCAUGUCUUCUUCUUCUGCAGGCGCCUCAUCAGGAAGGUCCUGUGUGGUGUUCCAUGAGAGGUUUCAACAACAACAAAACUUGGAUAUGAUGAUGGGUUUGGGGCUUUCUUCUCAAGCAUCCACGGAUUGGAAUCAAGCAUCUUUCAUGAGAGCAGAAAAGGCAUCCGAGAUGUUGCAACAGAAUUUGAGCGCUCAUCAAGAAAUACAGUUCAGUCCUCAAUACAGCAACAUCACAAGCCAACAAGUAUUAUCCUCUAAUUUUCAGAUGGAUUCUUCUUCUUCAGCGCCUUUAUAUUGUAACACUUCAAUGCUACAAGGGCUAUUAGGACCUGAAAGCAAUAAUCAACCACACCAAGGGCCUAUGAGUAAUUUUCCAUACUCAACGUGUUUGAACAGCAACAAUAAUAACAACCAAUUGCAUUUCACUAAUAACGCCCCGUUCUGGAACGCUUCGGAGCCUGCGGCGGUUUCCAUUAAAGAUGGUCGAUCCAUCUUCUUCCCUUCAUUGCACCAACCAUUUUCGGCGCCAAAGAAUAUAUGUGAAGUAAGGGAGUCAGGAGGUAGCAUGUUGAAGAAAAGUGAGAAUGAGCAAUCAUCAAAAAGGCCUAGAAACGAAACACCUCCAUCACCUUUGCCAGCUUUUAAGGUGAGAAAAGAGAAGAUGGGAGACAGAAUCACUGCCCUACAGCAAUUGGUUUCGCCUUUCGGAAAGACUGAUACGGCAUCGGUGCUCUCUGAGGCCACUGAAUACAUCAAAUUCCUCCAUGAGCAAGUGACUGUUUUAAGCACCCCAUAUAUGAAGAGUGGAGCUCAAACACAGCAUCACCAGAAUUCUGGUAAAUCAAAGGAAGCUGAUGGACCAAAACAGGAUCUAAGAAGCCGAGGGCUGUGUCUGGUGCCAAUUUCAAGUACAUUUCCAGUGACUCAUGAACCCACAGUUGAUUUUUGGACGCCAACAUUUGGAGGAACUUAUAGAUAAUAUUAAUAUUAGGAUUAAGUACAAUUUUAGUUCUUACGGUAUAAGUCGAAAAUCUUUUUUCGCUUCGACUUUUUUUUGCAUAUAAAAUCUUCCUAAUUUUAUAAUUCAAAAUU